AUGGUUAAGGAUAAGAAUAAGCCUAAAGGUCCUAUGUCAGCGUAUGCUUGCUUUGUUCAAGUCAUCCGAGAAGAGCACAAAAAGAAGCAUCCUGGUGAACAGAUUGUAUUUCGUGAUUUUUCAAAGAAAUGUGCAGAACGCUGGAAUCUUAUGACACCAAAAGAGAAAAAACGCUUUGAAGAUUUAGCUGCUAUGGAUAGAGAAAGAUUUAACCGAGAAAUGAAUGAUUAUAUCCCACCAGAUGGUAUGAAGAAAGGCAAGAAGAGGAAAGGUCCAAAAGAUCCAUCAGUUCCUACACGAGCUUGGUCUGCUUUCUUUUUCUUCUGUGAUGAAUUCCGUUCAAAAGUCAGAGAGAGUAAUCCUGAUUGGAAAGUUGCUGAUGUCGCUAAAGAACUUGGUCGUCAAUGGGAAAGUUGUCAAGAUAAAGCUAAAUAUGAACUUCUAGCACAGAAAGAUAAACAACGUUAUGAAGAGGAUAUGAUAAAAUAUCGAGCAGGGACAUAUGUACCAAAAAAGAGGGUUGCAGGAUCAGUUUCAAACUCCACGUCAGUUGGUGCUUCGGAAUCUCAGAAUCCAGAUUGUAGUACAGUGACAAGUGGGGGUGGUGGUGGUGGUGCCGGUGAUGAGAAUGGUGCAGAACUUGAAGAUGAAGAGGACGGAGAGGCUGAUGAAGGAGAAGAAGAGUGAACAGUUUUAGACAAACAGUGAACAACAGAAUAGUUGACUUUAUGUUUUGUUUGUUUUUUCUCUCUUUCUUUGUUGAGUUCUUGACAUAUUGUUUUGAUAACUCAGUUGUACAGGUUUUAUUGCAUUUAAAAAUGUUCUAACUCCCCGAAGCGACAACAACACCAACCACUUCGAUGAGACCCAUAACAACAACGUUUCAGUUCCUUCCUAUACUUUGUAUACAUUCGAUUUGUUUUGUUUUUUGUUUUUCUCUUGUUAUUAUUACUAUUUUUGUGUCAUAUAUAUAUAUAUAUAUAUAAACACACUGAUUGUGAAUGUACAUCAACAAACAGUUGUGUUCUGAAUUACUCUCGUAUUAUGUAAUGUGAGAUUCUAAUACCUAUGUCUUAUAUCUAUUAUGGUUACUAUUACUACUACUACUACCAGUGUUAUUGUUCAUUUCUUGAUUGUUAAGUUAUAUUGUAAGUUUGAAAAUGUUACUGUUACUAAACAG